GCUGCAAUACUACGGAGGGAAAAAACUAUGAUAGAAGUUGAAGCUCCAAUUACAGUGUGUGGUGAUAUUCAUGGCCAGUUCUUUGAUCUAAUGAAGCUGUUUGAAGUGGGAGGAUCACCUGCUAACACAAGAUACCUCUUCCUCGGUGACUAUGUAGACAGAGGUUAUUUUAGUAUAGAGUGUGUGCUGUACUUAUGGGUCCUGAAAAUUCUUUACCCAAGCACAUUGUUUCUUUUGAGAGGCAACCAUGAAUGCAGACACCUAACUGAGUAUUUUACCUUUAAGCAAGAAUGUAAAAUAAAGUAUUCUGAAAGAGUCUAUGAUGCUUGUAUGGAAGCUUUUGAUUGUCUCCCUCUUGCUGCUCUCUUAAAUCAACAGUUUCUUUGUGUUCAUGGUGGACUUUCACCAGAAAUUAAUACACUAGAUGACAUUAGGAGAUUAGAUAGAUUCAAAGAGCCUCCAGCAUUUGGACCAAUGUGUGACUUACUGUGGUCAGAUCCUUCAGAAGAUUUUGGAAAUGAAAAUUCACCAGAGCAUUUCAGUCAUAAUACGGUCAGAGGAUGCUCAUACUUUUAUAGCUAUCCAGCAGUUUGUGAAUUUUUGCAAAAUAAUAAUUUGUUGUCAAUCAUUAGAGCACAUGAAGCACAAGAUGCAGGUUAUAGAAUGUACAGGAAAAGUCAAACUACAGGGUUCCCAUCUUUAAUAACAAUUUUUUCAGCACCUAAUUACCUGGAUGUCUACAAUAAUAAAGCUGCUGUAUUAAAAUAUGAAAACAAUGUGAUGAAUAUUCGUCAGUUCAACUGUUCUCCUCAUCCUUACUGGCUGCCAAAUUUUAUGGAUGUUUUCACAUGGUCUUUGCCAUUUGUUGGAGAAAAAGUAACAGAAAUGUUGGUGAAUGUUUUGAGCAUUUGCUCUGAUGAUGAGCUGAUGACAGAGGGAGAAGAUCAAUUUGACGUAGGUACAGCUGCUGCACGGAAGGAAAUAAUCAGAAACAAAAUUCGUGCAAUUGGCAAGAUGGCAAGAGUCUUCUCUGUUCUCAGGGAGGAGAGUGAAAGUGUGCUGACACUCAAGGGUUUGACUCCCACUGGAAUGUUACCUAGUGGAGUGUUGGCUGGAGGACGACAGACCCUGCAAAGUGCCACUGUAGAGGCAAUUGAGGCUGAAAAAGCAAUACGAGGAUUCUCUCCGCAACAUAAAAUCUGCAGUUUUGAAGAAGCAAAAGGUUUGGAUAGGAUCAAUGAGAGAAUGCCACCAAGGAAAGAUACUCUUCAGCAAGAUGGUAUUAAUACCAUAAACACAGCAAAUGCCAAUGGAAACAAUGGAACUGGCAACAACAAUGCACAGUGACCACAACAGCUUCUGGUUUACUCACUCAUGUCCUGCCUGAGAAUUCCUAGAUUACUGCUUUUUGAUGUGACAACAAAUGAAAUAGGGGGAUCACUUGAAGUGAUUACUUAACACAAGUGGAAAACCAUCUGACUUGAUCCCACUGAAGAAAGACCAUCAUGCUUUUGAGACAACAGCCCCUCUCUUACACGGUGACCCAACCUCCUGGAAGCGUGUGCCUCACCCUUUCA